AUGGACACCGACGAUGUGGAAUCCUCGAGCAGUAGCACAAUGUCGAGCCUAAACAGCCUGUUUUCCUUCACUAGCCCUGCAGUGAAAAAACUGCUCGGUUGGAAGCAGGGCGAUGAGGAGGAAAAAUGGGCCGAAAAGGCAGUGGACAGUUUGGUAAAAAAGCUCAAGAAACGAAAAGGCGCCAUUGAGGAGCUCGAACGUGCCCUAUCCUGCCCGGGACAACCAUCCAAGUGUGUCACUAUACCGCGGUCACUCGAUGGACGACUACAGGUUUCGCAUCGAAAAGGAUUGCCGCACGUGAUCUAUUGCCGGGUAUGGCGUUGGCCCGACCUACAGAGCCAUCACGAGCUCAAACCAUUAGAAACAUGUCAGUAUCCAUUCAGCGCGAAGCAGAAAGAAGUUUGCAUAAAUCCGUAUCACUACAAGCGCGUCGAGAGCCCAGUACUGCCGCCUGUAUUGGUGCCUCGCCAUUCAGAGUUCGCACCGGGUCAUUCGCUUCUGCCAUUCCACCAGAUGAACGAGCCAAAUAUGCCGCACAAUGUGAAUUACUCGAAUACGGGCUUCAACAACUCUCCGAUGUCGUCCGUAUCGAGCCCGGGACCAAUCAGUUCCAAUCCACAGAGCCCGUACGGUGCACUACCGGAGACGCCACCACCAGCCUAUAGUCCACCGGAGGAGGGAAAUACGGUUAGCGGCGGGCAGGAUGGUAACCAGAUGGACACGAAUCAAAUGCAUGGAGAGGUCGCACCGGUUAGCUAUCAGGAGCCACCUUAUUGGGCUAGCAUAGCCUACUACGAGCUGAAUUGCCGUGUUGGCGAAGUAUUCCACUGCACCAAUACUUCCAUCAUAGUGGACGGGUUUACAAAUCCGUCCAAUAAUUCGGACCGCUUCUGCCUCGGACAGCUGAGUAAUGUGAAUCGUAACAGCACGAUCGAAAACACAAGGCGCCACAUCGGCAAGGGUGUGCAUCUGUAUUACGUUGGUGGUGAGGUGUAUGCGGAGUGUCUCUCCGAUUCGGCCAUCUUUGUACAAAGCCGCAACUGCAACCAUCAUCACGGGUUCCAUCCGAGCACAGUAUGCAAAAUUCCGCCCGGCUGCUCACUAAAGAUUUUCAACAAUCAGGAGUUCGCACAGUUGCUGUCACAGUCCGUUAAUCACGGCUUCGAAGCGGUGUACGAGCUGACUAAGAUGUGCACGAUACGUAUGAGCUUCGUCAAGGGUUGGGGAGCGGAAUAUCAUCGACAGGAUGUCACUUCAACACCGUGCUGGAUCGAAAUUCACCUGCAUGGGCCACUGCAGUGGCUCGAUAAAGUGUUGAUGCAAAUGGGUUCACCGCACAACGCGAUCAGCUCGGUGUCGUAA